ACACUGGGUCCCCCCGCGGAACAGCGGGAGCGCGAUCUGCCGCUGAGGCAGCUUCCAGGGGACGGGGAGCCCAAGCAGCCGCGCAGCUCCCGCUGCUGGGGGCCCCGCCAGGGCCUCCCCAGCUCGGCGCCCGCCUCAGCCCGCGCGCCUCCCUCCCCGCCCCAGAGGCGGGGCCGCCCCUUCCAGACCCAGCCAGCCGAUCGCCUCGGCCCGGCCUCCCGCUGCCGCCAUUCUCCGCAGCCAGACGGAGCGUCGGCCCCCGCGGCGCCGGCCCAUCCAUCGGCCCGGGCUCGUGGCGUCUCGGCUGCCGGCUCCACCUUCCGACGCGCCCCUUCAAACGGCUGCGGGGCCAAUGCAGCCCGCGGGCUCCCCGCUGCGGCUCCUCUUCCUCCUCUCGCUGGCCAGGGCGAGCGGGGCGGCGGCGGGAGCAGGAUUUCUACCUGAUAAACACUGGGGCUGGCCCGAUUCACAAUUAAGCAGGGGCUAUGCCAGGGGCACCCACCUUUACCCAGUUCGUAGGGCUCCAGGCGAAAGGCACCUAACUUUACUACUCCAUGGGCUCUGGGAUCUACUCCUCCGCGGGCUCCAGGCAAACAUCCUUUCCCUGUGGACUCAGAGCAAACACCUUCUCCCUGUUCAUAGGGCUCCAGGUGAAAGAUAAAAACUGUAGCCAUUUGAAGGAAAUGGACGUCAUCCAAAAAGCAGAUGCAGAUUGUUACUGUUAUAUGCAAAAUGGAACAAUGCACUUAAAAUAUAUUUGGUCAGCUCUUCAGGUGAAAAUUAACAGCACAGAAAUGUUCAAGUUUGUGCCUAUCACAGCUGAAAGCAAUUGUCAUAAUUCAGAAACUAUUUUUGCAUUUUUCAAGUGUAUUGUUCAAAUCAUUUGGCAAUCAGAGGCAUCUAAAGAAACUGUCAUAAACAUAAACCAAUAUGGAGAGAAUGUGUGUUUCACAGUCCAACCCUACAAGAAAGUACCCUACACCGUGAGUGUACAACGGAACAUGGUGGAUAAGAAACUCAUCCUUUUGUUCGUAGCUGGUGUUUUUCUGUUCCAUUUUGCAAACGCCUUGAGUAGGAGUGCUAUGUUCUAUUACUGUGCUGGAGUGGCAUUGGGUGUUCUUGCUACGCUAGUCUUUAUCCUGUUGACACUUAAAAGAUUUAUUCCAAAGCACAGCACCUUUGGGAUUUUAAUGAGUGGCUUCUGGAUGUCCUCUCUCUACUUUAUUUACUGUUUGAAAGGGGAAAUGAAGUGGCUGUGGUCUGAAUAUAGAAACUACUUACUGGGGUAUUUUCUGACUGUUGGAUUUAUCAGCUUUGUGGUUUGUUACAAGCAUGGACCACUUACCAAUGAGCGAAGCAUAACCCUCUUGACGUGGACAUUACAAUUAAUAGCCUUUGUCUUGAUUUAUUUUGGUGUCACCAUCCCACAGGUUGCAUAUGCAGUAAUAGCUAUCAUCCUCUGUUCAAAAGGCCUGUGCUAUCCCCUUGGCAUGGUCUGCUUUGUGGGCAGAAAAAUCAAGAAUUUUUUUAAAUCAAAAAAACUAGUGUUUCAGCUUCUUACUGAAGAAGAAUACAGGGAGCAGGGGGAAACAGAGACUGUGAAAGCCUUGGACGAGCUACGCUCAUUCUGCUUGAGUCCAGAUUUCUCAUCCUGGUUAGCCGUGUCCAAACUCCAGUCCCCUAAAAAAUUUGCAAACUUUAUUUUGGGAUCUCCCCACGUGUCACCUGCAGAAGCGAACGCAUAUGAUGAGCUAUAUGGCAUUGGAGGCUCCUUCUUGGAACAGCAGCUCUUUAGCAUAGGGCCAGAGCCAGAGCCGAACCGACUAGCUAAUUCCAUUCCGGAGGAUGAUUAUGAAGAUGAUGAUGAAAUACAGGAACAAAAUGAAAGUGAAAAUGUUUCAUACUCCAACAGUAUUGGAUUAUUCUGAACCAUUUGGAAAAUCCCCUGGAAGGAAAGAAAAUGAAAUCAAGUUGGAAAGGAAGGCUACCUAGGCUAAAUGCGUGCUGUUUCAGAGAGCCCUACUUCUGACUUGGCUGUAGAGGGCAACCAAGAUUCUUUGAAGGAUUUAUUCCGGCUUCACUGUUCAAAACAGUAGUAAGUUGCUUGGUUUCUUAAGUGAAUGUUACGUUCAUGUAGUUGGUAUUUUGUUACCUCACCUGUUUAUUUACAGGGCAGGUACCAGGCAGCUGCAGUGCAAACUUGUCCCACCACUGUACCUCAACUCCCUUGAAGAGACUGCCUCUAUAGAGGUCUGUUCUCUCUCCAUGCCCUCAGUGCUGGGAGUGCCAGAUGAAGAGGAAGUCAUUUAUGAUGCACUUUUACUAAGUGCUCUAUCUGCUAAUAAAUUCCUUUGAACUCCUUUCCUAAGGUGUCUUGCUUACCGCUCUGAUCCCUCCAUCUCACCUUCCAUGAGUUUUAAGUUCCUCUCCCUCUCGAGAGCCCUGCACAACUGUGCUCCUCUGUUUCAUUGCUCUUCCCUUGGCCUUUCUACGCUAGCCAAGCCACACACCUAGCCCCCACCAUCUUUGUUUCCUCUCCCACCCAUCUCUGCCCUCUUCAUUGUUGCCCCCUGUGCCAAGGGCCCUCCACCUGAUCCAGUUCUCCAUCUCCUCCUCUGGGAACUGCAGAGGGAAAUGUGUUUUCCCCAGUGUAUUCUUAUUCUUCCUUUCAGCCUCAAUCUUCCCCCACAACUAACAAAACCCCAAACCAAAACAAAAACCAAAACCCCACCAUUCCAGCCCCACAAGUGUGCUCAGUAAAGGCCAUGUAGCCUGGGACUGUAUUAGCUGCUCCAAGGAGUCUCCGUUGGUGCGGGUACCUGGGGUAAGGAUGGCCAGGGAGAAGCUGAAGCUAUGCGGUACAGAGCACCCAUAAGUGGCCCUGGUGUCCUGGGAAUCCACCAGCUUUGGCAUUGGGUCCUGCAGCUCAUUUCAUGAUUGGGAAGAAACCUUGCCCCCAGGACCACAAGCAGGGAGGAAGUGCUGGAUAGAUCCUCCUGGAGAUCUCCUGACCGCGUGGCCUUCUCCAGGGUUUACCUCAGGGGGUGAGGAUCUUACCCUGGCAAGAAAAUAAUUACAGUCAACUGCCAACAUCCAUUUGAGAAUAGGAGAUUCCUUCUGUGGGUAUCUAUCCUCCCCUUACCCUUGUACAAAUGGGAUCUCCCUCUCUGUUGUCCUUCAGACUGUGUUCCUUACCCCUCACUUUUCAUGCACACACUGCUUCCCAUUAACCCCACUAAGUAUCUCUUUGUAGGAGAACGGGGGCCAUCAUUUCUCCCCCCAACUGCCACUCCAAAACCCUCCAGGAACUGUCCCAUUCCAACAUUCACCUCUUUCUAAAAGGUGUCGCUCCGCAGAACAGGCUGCGCUGGGUUUGAAGCCAGGCUGACUCUGUGGGCACACUCAAAAAGAAAGUUUCCCUUUGCUGGUGAACAUGCUUGGAGAUGUCUCAGUUGCUAGUCUCCCCAUAGGGGGGUGGGGGGUGGGGGGGGAGACACGAGAUGGAACCCAAAUAGCAAAAAACAGUGCUAAAAAGAAACAGCUUACCAUAUACAUGGGUGCCUCCUUACACUGAAAAGUCAUCAGAGCUUGCCUUUAUAUUAGCACUUCCCAGAGAGAAUUAUAGGGAGACUCCAGGAGGCUCUAGAGUUUAAAUUAAAAUUUUAAAACGAGAAUUUUUCUGUUUUUCAGUAAAGAGAAGCCUAACACCUAAUUAAACACCAUUAGACCAUCUCGCUCAUUCAGGAAGCCAAGCUCAUUCUAUAGCCAUACAGCGGGUGCGUGAGAGAAGAUAAGCCCUACUUAUUAAAAUUUAUAAACCAAACUGGGACCAUGAUUAUGUUAGCAGCAAGAGGGCUCUACCGAACAAGUCUGUAAUUGUCACCAAUAAAAUACGGGGGGAGGACUCUGCUAGAUUCACAGCCACAUCUCUCCAUCCCAGUCCCGGCAUCAUAUUGGGCUUGCUUUGGUGCUUUCUACUACUAGCAAGAUAAACCCAUCACAGUAGUAGAUACAUUCACCAAACAGUGGUCAGAACCACAGGAGAGGUGGAUAAAGUCCAAGUUCUUUGGCUGCCUUGCGGAGGGGUGGAUCUCUCCUCGAGCACAAUGGCCUUACAUGGCUGGAGGAGGUUUAUGUUACACCUGCAUAGUUGAAGCUAAGUACUUGAAAUGUAUUGUUAUAAAUAUCUGGCUCGUCAAGGAAAGGCAAUGUAGUAGGACACAUUUCAGGCUCUCUGCUCCCUACUGAAGCAAGUAAAGGAUUUUCAGCCACAGUGCUCAGGUGGCUGAAGGUUCACAAUCAUGAUUUUUUUUUUUUAAGGGACAUAUCUUGUCCCAAUUUAAAUCCAGGCAACCCCCUUGAGCUUUAUGAAACAAAGCAGCUAAUAGAUUGGUGGUGAUGCCCCCACACAUGAGUAUAUUAUCCUUGUGAAGAAAUGUACUACCCCUUUAAGGGACAGGCUGGAACCUACAGCUAGGACCGCCUGGGGUGUAAUCAAGGAGACCCUGCUCCACCCUAGGGCUGGGCUAGAUAAACAGAAAAGAAACUGAGCAAGAGAGAGGGAAGUAGAAACUGUGCAUGUGAUAACAGGUGUUGGUUGUUUUCUCUCAGGCUAGUCGUGUCCUGGAGCUUAACUAGAGGCUUUGUUUAUGGAUUUAAAUUUUGAAGUUGAAACAGGUUCUGAGGUGAGGACCUUAUGGGCGGGUUUUAAUUGAAUUACUCCUGUCCUGAAGCCUUGAUAAAAGAGAACUUUAUGUUGUUAGUGUGUGUUAGCUCCCCUCCGGGUGUUAAAGUAAACCUAUGGCCCCCCCAAUCAGGGGAAAUGAAGGAGGGGGGCACUGCUGCAGUACCAAACUGAGCCACAAGGUGAUGUACAGGGACUGCCUGCACCUCCAUAAGGAUAUAGUCACAUAGCUCACUAUUAACAUUAAUAUGUUCACUGCGGGGAAAAAAACCAAUUCAAUACAGUUGAAUUUUUCCUGCACUUUACCUGUUUUCUCAAUAUUUUUCAGUAGAUGAUCAAGUAGGGUGGCUGCUUCAAUCACCUCGCCCCGCACCCCCAGGGGAGAAGAGCAACAGCAGCCUGAGAUACACACAAAUGUUUUAAUGACUAGCUCACAAAGAACAUUAAAACAAACCUUUAAAGCCUCCAAAUAUCGCUAAGAUCAUGAACUUUGAGGAUUUAUGAAUGUUUAUCUAUGUACUUAUAAACAACCCCCCCCAAUCACCCACUUGGUUUCUGAGCACUUUACAAAACACUGGAAUUUAUCCUCUGGCACUCCUAUCUCACUGGCACUCCUGUGAGAUAGGUUGGUACUAUCCCCAUUUUAGAGGAGCACUGCGAGAGUUGAAAGUGACAUCCCAAGGUCACACACGAAGUAUUUGUGAGAGCAGAACCCAGAUCUCCUAAGCCCCAGGCCUGUGUCUUUACCAUUAGAGCAUCCUUCCUCCCUUAACGAAGGCUUGUAUACUAUUUUAUCCUCUGCUUCAUUUAUUUUUUUCCACAAUUUCAGGUUUUGGAAAUAUAUGAAUUUCAUGUACAGUGCACUCGACACACUAUGCUGUGUCAAGCUUUUAAAUAAAAAUAUUUUUCAGCUA